CGGGAGACGCGUUGGCAAUUUCCUAAACACGGGCUCAGCCAGCUAGAUAGACCCGCUGUCUGAGGCCGGUGUUGGUGUGUGGUUGGAUAUAACUGAGUCCGGAGGCGACCUGCUGAAACAGAAAGAGUCGGACACGGAUUUGACAUGCCAAGGCUGCCCUGCCAUGGACACAGAGAUGAUUCCCAAGUUUUCUUCAAAUGAUGAGGAAAUCGAUUACUGGAAGUCUUUAGCCCUCAAAUAUAAGAAAAGCUACCAUGAUGCCCAGGAGGAGCUGCAGGAGUUUCAGGAAGGGAGUCGGGAGCUGGAGGCUGAGUUAGAGACGCAGCUCGGCCAGGCCGAACAUCGGCUCCGAGAUCUGCAAGCUGAGAACCAGAGACUGAAGAAUGAGGUGGACAAUCUCAAGGAGAAGCUGGAGCAGCAGUAUGCCCAGAGUUAUAAGCAGAUCUCUGUGCUAGAGGAUGACUUGGGCCAGACACGCAGCAUCAAGGAGCAGCUCCAUAAAUACGUCCGGGAGCUUGAGCAGGCCAACGACGACCUGGAAAGAGCCAAGAGAGCAACAAUCGUGUCUCUGGAGGACUUUGAGGGCCGGUUGAACCAAGCCAUUGAGAGAAAUGCCUUUCUGGAGAGUGAGCUGGAUGAGAAGGAGUCUCUUUUGGUAUCUGUGCAGCGGCUUAAGGAUGAAGCACGAGACUUGAGGCAGGAGCUGGCAGUACGGGAGAGGACUACAGACAGGAUGUCAGCACCCAGCUCACCCACUUUAGACACUGAUAAGAUGGACUCAGCGGUACAGGCCUCUUUAUCCCUCCCAGCCACACCUGUUGGGAAGAGCAUAGAACAUCCUUUCAUCAGCCCAAAAGCUUUGACCAAUGGCUGUGGCAGCUCUUCCCUUACUCCCUCUGCUAGAAUCUCUGCUCUUAACAUUGUUGGUGACCUCCUCAGGAAGGUUGGGGCUUUGGAGUCCAAGCUAGCUGCCUGUAGGAACUUUGCCAAAGACCAGGCAGCAAGAAAAAACUACUCUGCAGCCAACGGCACUCUCAUUAACAGCAAUGCCACCAAGUUCUCCCACUCACUACACACCACUUACUUUGACAAAACGACUGUUAACGGACUGGACCCCAGCUCCUUGACCUCCAUGGCAUCAUCCAGAGCAGUGUCUCCACCAGGCAUGCUGCCUCUCAGUGUGUGAGGUGUCUAGACACCACACACACCUCUGCAGAAACUCCUAUCCACCCAACAGAAUUAGGGAACAGAGAGGACACUUGAAAGACCAUUACAUUGUGUGUGUGAGUGUGUGUGUUGGUGCACGUGUGUUUGAGAGGGAGAGUAUUUUGUGUGUUUGCCUGUUUGAGAGAGUGCGUUUUUGAAUUUGAUAUGUGGGAGAGAGAGAGAGAGACUUGACUAUACAAUAAACAUGCCUCACUAAUUUGCAGCUCUGAAUGCAUCUAUGAGUAGGUGCACAGUAACGUGCAAACACACCUACCGCAUACAGGCAUGUGCCUAAGCUGUAAUGUACUAUGCUUGUGUGAAUGUCAAUGCAAAUGUGUUGCUCUCUAGACCUCUACUCUGAAGUGGUACAAAUACAGUCAUAGUCCCACUUAGAUCAACUGAAAACUACUAUAGCUGACAAAAGGUCGUGAAUUGACCACAGCGUCCUCUUAAACUUCCCUCUCUUAUGCUUUCACUUUAAUUGCACAGUUAUGCUAAUUUAUCUUUAGAAUGUAUUGUAUUUAAAAAAGGGAUAUGUUCAAAGUGACUAACUUAUCUCACUGUAUGCUUUAAGAUGCAAUUUUUUUUCUCCCUUUUGCUUGUUUUCUUGCACGUGUGUAUAUGUAUUGUGGGGUUUGAGAGCUAUGGAUUUAAUCCAUAUCCGCAAGAAUGACUGAAGUGAAUGUUGACCGUUCAAAGCCAUGUAGCCAUAGUACAGCCAUUCCUGUUGUGACUGGCUCCUAGUUGUAAUUAAGCUGGAAGGAGUCUCGUGUUGAAGCUCUGAAAUAUCAGCUGGUUCUGUCUUCUCAUAAAUUAAUGAUUGGGUUAAACCUGCACUUAAACAAACUGGUCCUCACAGGUUUUGCUUCAGUCAAGUGUUCUCCUCUACAGAUGUCCGUUGACACUUCGAGGAACAGGUUUGCCUUUUUAAAUGUUAAACGUAUCGUUUUUUUUUUUUUUUUUUGUGACAGGCUCACUUACCUCAUUGUGAUAUGUAAUUAUUGACUGAAGAUUAGUCACAAGAGCACAUAAACGUGGCUCUAUUAAUCUCCAAUCCACACAGAAGAACAGUUAGUAAACCAAACGGGAAACUGUUAAAAGAUCCUUUUCCUGGGAGACUGCUUUGGCUACUGUAUGUGAGUUUAUGGUGCACCCUGCCAUUGUGUCAUGCAGCACAUUUGCUGAUUCAUUGUUAUUAUUUGAACCUCAGUUUGAUUUGAUGUGCCUCUUGGUUUUUUGGUGGACGUGAUAUUGAUACUGCAUUCAUUUUACAUCCCAGAACUGCGUUUGAAUCCAUUUGGCUGUCAUGUUGCUCCUUGUCAUGGAUCUUUAAUUCCUUAGUGUUGCCCUCUUGCCAUUUUUGGAAGCAUCAUUUGGAGUUUUUAGUCCAGCAUUCAAGGUUAUUUCAUAUUACAGGAUGUCAUUUUGGGCACUACAUGAGCCUGUUGCUAAAGUAUGUUCUACAGUCAGUUUAUAUUGGUUUCAAAGGUUGUAACUUUACCUACCACGUUUGUAGAUACUGACAUUUGGCAUUAAGGUCCUAUUUAUUUGAGAUUCAGUAUGGCAUGCGUUAAUGAGUUUUACUAUAUUGUACAAUGGUUAAACUCGUAUUAUGAUGUAAAAUUAUUUGUUAAAUUUGUUUAAGCUAAUAAAGAUGAAGAGGAAAUAAAUUA